AGUAGGAAAUGAGACAGGGUAGGAAUAACACUUAAUAAGCCUGACGCUCUCAUCCUCCUCCUAUCCCCUGGCCACCUUCCAGCCUCCUCUGUGCAGUCUCCUCUCCUUCCAGACAGUCUUUACUUCUUUUCCCCCUAGGCUGCAGCCAGCUUGAGCCCUCUGCCUGCCAGAGCCAGGAAGGAGCCCAGGUGGGGUAAGAACCUCAGCCCCAGGAUGUUGACAACAUUGCUGCCACUGCUGUGUCUACUGCUCCUGCCCGGCUGGGCCUUUUGUAGCCAUGAAGCCUCAGAUGGCCUUCGGAACCUCCACAUGCUCCAGAUCUCCUACUUUCGCGACCCCUAUCAAGUGUGGCACCGGGGCAACGCGUCGCUGGGGGGGCUAACGACGCACGUGCUGGAAGGCCUAGGCAGCAACGUCACGAUCCGCCAGUUGCAGCCCUUGCAGGAGCCUGAGAGCUGGAUGCACACAGAAGACAGCCUGAAGACCUAUCUGCACCAGUUCAACAGCUUGGUACUGCUGGUACACCAUGAGCGGCGCUUGACCUUUCCUCUGAUCAUUCGCUGCUUCCUGGGCUGUGAGCUGCCUCCUGAGGGCUCUACAGCACGUGUCUUCUUCGAAGUGUCUGUGAAUGGGAGCUCCUUUGUGCAUUUCCAGCCAGAGACAGCUUUAUGGGUGGCAGGGCCCCAGGCACCCUCCAGGGUGGUCACCUACACCCUGCAGCAGCUCAACGCCUACAAUCGUACUCGGUACGAACUGCGAGAAUUCCUGCAGGACACCUGUGUGCAGUAUGUGCAAGAACACAUCACUGUGAACAACUCGAAAGGGAGCCAAACAGGCCGCUCCUACACCUCGCUGGUCCUGGGUGUCCUGGUGGGCAGUUUCAUCAUUGCUGGUGUGGCUGUAGGCAUCUUCCUGUACACAGGUGGACGGCGGUGUUGAUUGCUCUCCAGACCCCUCUGAAAAAGGGCUGGACUGAUGGGGGCUGAUGAGGGAAGAUCUCAGCUCACUGCAAAACCACACAGAUUCCCCAUCUGGGACAUUAUAUCCCAGAAGGUUUGGAGUGGCAGCUCCUUUCUUCUCCCUGAUCUGCCCACCAAGAGUUUGGGGGAGGGAAAGGGAAGGAGGAAGCUAAGUAGACAGAGUUCUUGGUUUGCUAAGCACCUAAGAACUUGCAUGCUUUCCUGAAUUGGUCUGAGAAGUGAAUGCUUAUCUAUCUUUGUGGAAAACAGAUGAUGGAGUUGGGUGGGGGUAGAGGGUGUCUAUGGCAUGUCCUCCAAAGACAGAAUCACCCAAGGCAUUCAAAACACCUAACAAAUACAAGAAGUCCAUCAACCAGAAUAAACACCACUCGAUACUCCCAGGCACACCAGAUUUGGGAAAGGAUGCUGAUAUAGUAGAGGUAGAAAGAAAUAAUCAGAGAAAUGGUGGGAGUAUAAACUAAAAUAUGGGAGCAAAGAGCCAUUAGUUAAUUAAUAAUAUUCUUAAAAAAUUCCUUACUUAUGUAGAUGGCAUUAUUUUUUCCUCUACAAAACUUCUGGAAAAGUAGACUAUAUCUUUUGUCUUUAUUUUAUUUUGAGAGAGAGAGACAGAGUGUGAGCAGGGGAGGGGACAGAGAGAGAGGGAGACACAGAAUCUGAAGCAGGCUCCAGGCUCUGAGCUGUCAGCACAGAUCCCGAUGUGGGGCUUGAACCCACGGACUGUGAGAUCAUGACCCGAACUGAAGUUGGACGCUUAACCGACUGAGCCACCCAGGGAUCCCGUAGACUAUACCUUUUGCUUCUACUCCCUCCUUUCCCACCCCUAAAUCACUGCAGUCUGACUUCCCUAUAAACUGCUCUAAGAUCAUCAAUGACCUCUAAUUGUGAAAUCUCCAUUCCACAUGAUAUCUGCAACAUUUUCCUUUGUGGACUAGAAUUCUCUUUUUACCCUAACCCCUGAGAUUCCAUACUUCUAAUUUUUAGAAACUGUUCUGGCCACUCAGUCAAUCCCAUUGCCUUUGUCAUCUUCCUCAACUCACCUUGAAAUCAUGGUUUUAGACUUCCAUGUUUUGGUUUUUUGGUCCCAUUUAAACUGUACCCUUUGUGUAUGUAUUCAUAUGUCAUCUAUCUGUGGUCUUUUCCAUGGGGAAACAAUAUAAUCUUGUCUUUGGAAGCAGGUGUUUUGCCAUCAAACAGAUUUGAGUUUUAUUUCUUUAAGCCGGGCAUUUAACUCCUUGAAGUCUCAGUUUCUUCAUAAAGAAAGGUAUAAUAAAAUGUACAAAAAGGGUAUAAUAAAAAUAACACCUACCUCAUAGAGGCAUUAUGAGUAUUAUAUAAAUAUAUAUAUGUACACCCAAUAAAUAUAGCACUUGCUGCUGA